AUGCCUCGUCGUUCAGGUGGUAGUGGAAUGCGAUUUUCUUCCCCAUCUAGAGCUCCUCCUCCACGAUCAACUCAUGCUAUUGUAGCACCUCCUCCAGCAGUUCCUGCUCCUAUCAUGGCUCCAGUUGGCCGCCAACCUGGCUUAUUUGGACAGAUGGCUGCUACAGCUGGUGGAGUUGCCGUUGGUUCAGCCGUUGGACAUACUAUUGGUGCUGCAUUAACUGGUGGAUAUCAUGGUCAUGAACAACCAGUUGCUACGCAAACAACAACUGGUCCAACAGCUGAACCACUCUAUCAGGAUCCUACUGACAGAUAUAGUACUGAUCGAUGUAAUUUAUAUCAAAAAGAAUUUCUUGAAUGUCUUGAUAAUGCAAAUGGAGAUUCUAAGCAAUGUCAAGGAUUCUGGGAAGCUUUAAAAGAAUGUCAACGAUAUCAAAGUUCUGCAACAAUUUAA